GUUGUUGACGUCCUAGCGCCAGCUGUCAGCAGCACCAGCUAGCUGAACUUGUGCCGUUUUUUGCACUCUUCAUUCAGAUUUUAACGAUUUCUAUAAAUGUGCUUGCAACGGUGGAAAUUUUAUCACUAGCCUGUUUGAACCAAACUUGGCUGUACGACCGGUCACAUAUUUGUUUGUGUAUUUUUUAUUGUAUCUUUUUGUCGCGUCGUCGUCUCGAUUUGAAUAACUGUAGCACGCUAGCUUGUUGUUAGCUACAGCCACAUUUGGUUCUGCUCUGCAGACAUAUCCCCUAUUUGGAAGUCAUUGUUUACUGUCCCAGAGCUAAGUUACUUAAGGAGUAUUUUAACCAUGCGAUUAUUAAAUAUUUCACUGCACUCGUAUAAUGUCUUAAGUCUUGGUUUUAGUAAAAAAUGAGUUUAUGUUAAAGGCGAGGAACAGAAAAUAGAUUUUAACCUAAUCUUAUCCGAAUGCCUUUUAUUUUAUUUGACCUCAAUUGUAUUUUAAAUAUUACAUUGACCUUUUUAGUUGUAUUGUAAUCAAUAACAAAUAAUCGAACAUGGAUAAGAAAUCUUUCGACAUCGUCUUGGAUGAGAUAAGAAAGUGCGUCCUUACGGACCAGCGGAUCAGAGCCAUAGAGCAGGUUCAUGGAUAUUUCUCCAGUGAGCAGGUGAUGGAAAUCCUGAAGUACUUCUCAUGGGCAGAACCGCAGAUCAAAGCAGUUAAAGCACUCCAGCAUAAAAUGGUUGCAAUCCCUACAACCAAAGUUGCAAACAUUCUGAACUGCUUCACUUUCUCCAAGGACAGACUUGUUGUCCUGGAAUUAAUAGCUUUGAAUAUUUUAGAUGCUCAGAAUUAUCGACCAGUGGAGGAUCUGUUCCGGAUACACGCAUCUGAGAAGAAGCGGGCUCGCAGGAUAUUAGAGCAGGUUUGUAAGGUUGGUUGCAAGGCUCCUGUCGCCAUGAUCUCAUCCUGUGGAAUGAUUCCGGGAAAUCCAUACCCUAAAGGGAGGCCCAGCUUGGUCACUGGCACUUUUCCUGGAAUCCUCCCAAUUAAAAAAGACAGUGAGAAAAAAGAAGAUGGCUCCAAUAGUAUGGAGGGGAAAGGAAUUGCUUCCAGGAUUAUAGGACCUUUCAAACCUUUUCCCUCAACUUACAACCCUCAUCGACCUGUUCCUUACCCUAUCCCACCCUGCCGGCCUCAUGCCACCAUCGCACCAAGUGCGUACAACAACGCAGGCCUUGUUUCUGUGGGAGGGGUCAUAACAGCCAACGUGCCCCCUCCCCCGUACCACUCUUCUCACAAAAUAGCAGGUUACACCAAACCUGGGAAUCCACAGAACACCACACCUGGAGUCAACAGUGGGCCACUUCUCAUUCCUCAUGGGUCCACUCCUUCUACCCCUGCCCCACCCCAGGCUUCACCUUCUCAGCCACCUCCCCCAACUACCCCAAUUACACCAGUUUUUCCAGGGAUGGUACCUUCCCACAACUUGAAUGCCCCCUCUCCUUCCCCAGCUCCAUCUCCAUCUGUGAUCAAAGCUGGACCCCAUACCCCCAGUGGUCAAGUCACACCUACACCUUCGUCUGUCAUUAAAGCCCACACCCCUUCGGGGACUCCUUGUGGAACUCCUGUCCCAAGCAAUGGGGGUUUUUCCUCUUCCCCCUUCCAUGGCCUUUCACGACCAGGGACUCCUGCUGCCUCCCGUAGUGGCCAAGACUCCCAGUCGCAGUCAAAUUCCAUCGGUUCAGCUCAGCAGAGGGCCUAUUCCCAGUCUGCGGACCAGCAGUCAGGGCCCAGCUUCUCCGGCAUGCACCCACAAGGAGGUAACCCAUCUGGUUCAGUGAUCCGAAGUUAUACCCCUUCCCCUCUCACUCCUGGGUCUUCUACUCCAGUUAUCCCAAACUGUUCCACCCCGGGACCCAGUCCAAAACCCUCCCCUGUCCACCCAGGCCAGGCUCAAGCUCAGGGUGUUGUGGCUGGAUCCCUGAACAGACAUUCUGGGGGCAGCAACAGUGGCAGUAACAGCCCCGUACCCUCAGCCUUUAAGGGCACGUCUCGUUCUGGUACGCCGUCAGUCAGCCCACUGGUGACACCUAGUUCAGCUCAAGCUGCCCUUGCACGUUCUUUGGGUCUGACACACCCCUCAGGUUCUCCUCAAGUGUCUCUCCCUACUCAGGUUGCUAUCGCUGGCCUCCAAGCAAUAUCUGCCAGCCCCGCUGCAACUCAUUAUCCAGGUCUGUCCCCUUUUCCGGCGCUGUCUUCUUCUCUUCCCUCUGCCACCAUUCCUACAUCAGUGCCUACAGUGCCUCCCUCCACCAACCAUCCACCGUCUUCUGUCUACCAGGGCUUAGCCCCUGGCGCUGCCCCCUCUGCAGCUUCACCUUUCGCUCUAGGCCUCACCUCUGCCCCCUCUAUAUUCCCAGGCCUUUCUGCUGGGCCUAACCCCACAAGCUUUCCUGGACUGGCUGUAUCAGGUGGGGGCGGCACCAGGAGCCCUGUAUUGCCUUCAUUCAUGGGACUAUCAGGAGCCACUCCAUCCUCAGUUGCAUCUGUGGCCCCGCUGCAGGCAGCCACAGUUGGGGUUCCCUCUUCAUCACCAGUGUUACCAGGGUUUGCAUCUGCUUUCAGCUCCAAUUUCCAGCCAGGUUUGAGCGGCGCGCUCCAGGCUCCUGGAGGCAGUGGAUUCCCUGGUUUACUCUCCUUCCCUCCAGUACCAGGCUUCCCUCCCUCUGCCUCCGCUGCUGCUCUCAGCGGCCUCCACAACCCGUCGAUGUCGUCUGCUCUACUUCAGGCUCAUUCUACAUCUGCACUAGAGAACUUUCCUCCUCAACCCAACUACCAUCCUGGUCCUGGAAACCCCUUCUCUCUCCAGCCAGGACUACAUCCCCAGUUGGGCUGGCAGUGAAACAUGCCGUUCAACACAUUCAAACUUAGACCCUGACCCCGAUGCCUUGCCUCUCCCUGUCCUCUUAGGAGGUAAUGUGUCACUGGCCUUGAACCCUCAGGACUACAAAACAGCACUGUUGCAUUUCUGUGUGUGUUACAGAAGAACCGUCUAAAUUGAAGAAACACUAGUCUGGAUAAGUAUGGCAUACUUGUAAUAAAUAGUAGGUAGGAGUUGUAAAUAACAGCAACAAAGUUGUGAGGUUUAACACAUAGAUUGUGACUAGUUGAAACAAUAGCUUGGACUUGCCUGUUUUUAAUAAUUAUUAUGAACAUUUAUUACAGAAUUAUGCAAAAUAUGACAAAUGUAAAAUUAUAGCUUUCAUGAUUAACUGUUUUAUAUGAUUCAGCAGGAAAGCGAAUGGACAUAUAAAUUAUGUCGUUUACCUGUUAUCACAAUGUGAACUUACCACCGACCUGCUGCUUGUGAAAUGAAUUUUUACAGGAAUAAUUAUGAUGUUUGUGCAGUUUUGGUCAGUGUAAUGUCUAAGGUCAUUUUGAUCUGGAAGGAAUGUGUUUGUGUGAUAGAAAAUAUCCCAGGCCUGAAAAGUCAGGAAGAGAUAUGAAAUAACAUUUGCAACUAAGUAUUGAAAUGCCUCAGGUGUGGACAGUUCCUGAACACACUCAUAGGAAUCCAGCAUGAAAUGAGCCAAGAGAUCUGCACAAGUGGAAGAAAAGGACGCCAUUUUGUAAAACAUCCAAAUAGACACCAGUAUAUAUAAAAUCCUAUAAAAGGCCCUGCGACCAUUAAAAAGUAGCAGACUUUCUGUAAUGUACCUUGUAAUGAGUACACAGAUGUGCUGAAUAAAUCUCCUCCCAGUUGGCCUGAUUGGAGCAGAGAUUCGGGUCCUGUGUGAUGAUUUUUAUUUUAUAGGUUUGCUACUUUUUCACUCUUCAACAGAUUCAGUCUUGUAAAUAUUUUCUGUUGUGUGAAGAGUGGGAGUGUUACAUCUUAAAAAAUGAUUUUUGGCAGCUUUGGUCAAGUUUUGGACUUUUGAUGUAUAUAUCUGUGAGUAUUUUACUGUCAUUCCCUUUUUCUUUUUUUUUUUACAAACUUAGUCUGACUAUUCCUGUACAGUAGUAUUUGACCAGAUAUACAGCUACAUGACAUAAUGUAGAAUACCAAUGAAAUGCUAAUUUAUCUCAAUAACUGAAUUCAAUUUGAUUGGAUUGAAUUAAAUGAUUUUCAAAUGAAAGACAUUUACUUUCAAAUGAAGAAACGAGUAGCUCUUUAGCUUUGACAGGAUGCUGUCAUCAUUGUCCCUGUUUUAGGGACAGUGAUGCUACAGUUGUAUCCCAUGUAUUGGGUGUAUCUGUCUGUGUGUCACGGCUGUUGAAGGUCUUACCCAAUGACAUGGGAUCCAACUGUCUGUACGAAUAUCACCUAAACUUUUAAGUGAGUUUUGAUUCACAACCAUCUCGAGAUUUCCAGCUGAGUUUCACUUUUUGAUUUGAUUAAAUAAUUUAACUUCAUGAUCAUCAGAUCAUUUACUGAGAGGAAGAUGAACAGUGAUGUUUAUGUUCUUCACACACCUGGUAACACAAGGCUGAUUGAUGUGUUUAUGAAUUGUUCAUACCAUUUUUUUCUUUAAAUUAAAGGAACAAAUUAUG